AUGGUCGAUAUUUGCAAGGCAUUUGCUUCGUUUAUCCCUCUCAUCGGCCUUAUUCUAGCUUUCGAUGAAGAUGACAUGAUAGACACUGUUACAAUAAUCGAGACGGCUUAUGAAACAGUCACAAUGACGUCUACUGUACCUGCCCCCGCUGCUACAAAAUCCGUUAGUGAAAAAAAGUUGGAUGACACUAAACUGACCCUCCAAGUGAUACAAACUAUGGUAUCGUGUUUUUCCGUGGGCGAGAACCCAGCCAACAUGAUUUCUUGUGGGCUUGGUGUAGUUAUUUUGAUGUUUUCACUAAUCAUCGAACUCAUCAAUAAGCUCGAAAAUGAUGGCAUCAAUGAACCCCAGAAGUUAUAUGACCUGAUCAAACCAAGAUAUAUCGAAUUACCCUCAAAUUAUGUCAACGAAAAAAUCAAAAGCACUUUCGAACCUCUUGACAUAUAUUUGGGAGUAAAUUUCAACACUUUGGCAGAAAAACAAAAUCAAAAUUGUUUAAUUCUCAAACUUGGUGAGGAGUCAGCAUUGCCUUUUCCAGGGUUGGCCCAACAGGUGUGUUAUACAAAAGGUGCUUCAAAAGAGUUCACAGACUAUAGUCUAUCAAAUAUACAGAACAAUUUAAAACAAACCAGACAGGGGAUCACCGACGACAUUUUACAAAAAUUAUCAAAUAUCAAAAAAGUAUCUGGUAAUUUCAAAUCACAAUUUUACCGCAUUUCGGAGACGAUUACUGACGAAAAUUGGGACGGUUCUGCUAUUGGAUUCACUGCCCAUGGAAGAGAACGAAAUCCAAAAAAAUCUCAGAUAUCGGUCACAUUUUAUAGAGAUAAUUAA